AUGCUCAAGACACUAGCCUCCCUGGCACUGCUCGCCGCAGGAGCCACAUCGCAGAUCAUCGAAAGCUCCAGCUUUGGUACUGGUAAAACCGUUGCCCAGUCGGAGUGGACUGCAGAGUUCCAAUUCCGUGCGAGUGGCCCUGAAAGAGCAGGUGGAAUCCUGCAAUUAUGGUAUACCAAGGACGGCCAGGCCCGGAUUGGUACCUCCAGCAUCUAUACUGUUGGUCCAUUCGAUGGUUUUGCCCUAGUGGUUGAUACGCAUGGUGGUCGUGGUGGCAGUGUCAGAGGAUUCUUGAAUGACGGUACGACCGAUUACAAGAGCCACAACAGUCCAGAUGCUUUAGCCUUUGGCCACUGUGACUACUCCUACCGCAACCUAGGUCGUCCCUCAGUCUUUAAGAUUAAACACACCAACUCGAUCCUCGAGGUUACCGUUGACGACCAGCCCUGUUUCUCAACCAACAAAGUUGCCCUCCCCGCUGGAAAUACCUUCGGUAUCACAGCAGCUACACCUGAAAACCCCGACUCGUUCGAGCUGUUCAAGUUCGUCCUCGAGUCCGCUACAACCCAAGGAUCACCACAAGGGAUUCCUCCAGUCCUCAAUCAACAGACUCAACUACCCACCGACCUCGACUCCGAAUCUCCCACCAUGCCUCCCGUUUCAGGUGCCUCAAUUGCCGGCCUCGCCGCUCAGAUUGUCGACCUGAGCGGCCGCCUGCAGCUCACUAACAAAGCUGCCAGCACCAUCAUCCAAGAGAUGAAAAACCAAGCCGGCAAGGCCGAUGCCCGACAGGCAGAAAUCCUCCAGAAACUCAUCGACAAGGACCAGUACAAUGCUCUGGACAACAGACUCGCCCACAUGGAGGAGCUUAUGACUACUAUCGUGCGCGACCUCGGCGACCGGGACUACAGCGGUCGCUUCGCCCAGCUGCACGAUACUCUGCGGUCUUCCCACGUGAGCCUCAGCGAGAAUCUGCAAGGUCACUUGGUUAACGUCGUUACCAAGUCGACGCCCCGCAUGGGCUUCUUCCUGUUCCUGGUAAUUGCCUUCCAGGUUCUUCUGGCCAUUUCGUACGUGGCCUACAAGCGUCGUCGGGCCAACAUGCCCAAGAAGUAUCUGUAA